AUGGCUAAGCCAAACCUCGUUUUCUAUGAUUUGAAGACCACCACUCCUGGUCUUCCGAUAUCAACAAAUACAUGGCGUGUCAGGCUCGUACUCAACUUCAAACAACUGCCAUACGAGACCGUUUGGUGUGAGCGAGCAGAGAUCGCUCCGACGUGUAUUGCAGCUGGGAUCCCACCACUCGAUAAUUAUCCGGACGGGUCACCACAUUACACCUUUCCUGGCUUCGUCGACCGUACGAACCCGGAUGCUCCUGUCUGUCUUUCCGAGUCACGUAAAAUAAUUGAUUAUCUCGAGGCAACGUAUCCCUCGCCCGACCCACAGCGUGCACUCUUCCCUCUGGAGACGCACGCAUUUCAAGCAAUUGCAGAUGAAUACGUCGAGCGGAUCUUCACUCCGAUGUUCAAGCCGCUCGUGAAAUACGGUGUAGCACUAAGGCAGACCGAGAAAGACAGAGUGUCGUUUGAGAAGAAACAUGCUCCGCCAGGAAAGACGCUUAAGGAGGUAACCCUAUGGGGAAAGGAAAGGGACGAGGCGUAUGCUCGUCUUCGUGAAGAGUUCGACAAGCUCGCAUCGUUCGCUGAAGGAGAUACGUUCUUCUCUGGGGAAAAUCUACGGUACCUCGACAUUCAUGUGCUUGGGAAGUUCAUCGUGCUUAAGCUGUCGGUCGGCGAAGAGGAAUUUAACAGGGAACUAGGGAAUGCCAGUGGUGGGAGAUGGUCGAGGUUAUGGAAGGCUUGCGAGGGGCUUAUUCACUAG